AUGGCCGCCAUUUGGGGCAAUGGAGGGCAGGGAGGGCAGUUCCCUCUCGAGCAGUGGUUCUAUGAAAUGCCCCCCGUGACUCGAUGGUGGACAGCGGCGACCGUCGCGACAUCGGUCUUAAUCCAUUGCCAUAUCCUGACGCCGUUGCAACUGUUCUACAGCUUCCGGGCGGUCUAUGUCAAGUCGCAGUAUUGGCGUCUAGUCACAACGUUCCUGUAUUUCGGACCACUCAACUUGGACUUGCUUUUCCAUGUCUUCUUUCUCCAGCGAUACUCGAGGCUGCUCGAGGAAUCAUCGGGUCGAUCCCCCGCCCACUUCGCGUGGUUAUUACUCUACGCCAUGACAAUGCUUCUCAUCAUAUCUCCGUUUCUGUCGCUUCCUUUCCUGGGGGCUGCGUUGUCCUCGAGUUUGGUUUAUAUCUGGAGCCGUCGCAACCCAGAAACUCGCCUCAGCUUCCUCGGCGUCUUAGUCUUCACGGCCCCGUAUCUUCCCUGGGUGCUGAUGGCAUUCAGCCUUGUCGUGCAUGGAGUCGUUCCCAAGGACGAGAUAUGUGGUGUUGUGGUUGGCCAUAUUUGGUACUUCUUCAACGAUGUUUAUCCAUCUCUUCAUGGUGGUCAUCGCCCAUUCGAUCCCCCGAUGUGGUGGGUGCGGUUGUUCGAUCCACGAGCGAGAGCUGGAGAGAAUCAAGGUACAGAUGCUGCUAAUGUCAACCAAGAGUUUGCUGCAGCUGCGGCGCCGGAGGUUCGGUGA